AUGGCAUCUGAUCAUCCAGGAAAACCAAAUGAGCAGACGACAGAUAAAAAUACAACCACAUCACAACAACAACAACAACAAGGUCCUCCAAUCCAAUGGCCGCCACAAAGUCAUCCGCCGCAGGUGUGUUAUCCUCCAGCAAUUGUGCCUCCCAAUGCCCAAUUCCAUGACUACAAUGCACUUCCUCCCGGCGGCGGAUACGGCCCUUACCCUUAUCCUUACCCGCCACCGGGGCCAUAUUAUGGACAGGGUUACAUACAAUCAGAGCACCGUCAUCCUUGUUCGGGAGCUUGUCGUUGCUUUUUGGCAUUUUUGAUUCUGGUAAUUGUGAUUUUGCUGCUAACAAAGCUGAUCAUCUGGGCAACUCUUCUGCCACGAUUCCCAGUUUUCCACGUAGCGAACAUGCAUGUCACAAAUUUCAAUACCGACGCAAAUCCUUUCACGGCAAGGUGGGAGACGGAGAUUAGAAUUGAAAACCCCAACACCAAAUUGUAUCUUUAUGUGGAUGGAAUGGAGGUUUUUAUGAAUUACAACGACAAAUACGACGUGGGGAUUACUUGGAUCAACCCCAUGUUCAUGGAAAGCAAGAACAAAACCUCGAUGCGAGUUGUGAUUAACACAGGGGAGUCGGCUCAUCACGCCGUCCCCAUUUGGAUAGCCCAAGAUAUGGGCAAAGAUCAAAAGAACGGGGGCGUCAAUUUUGUGUUGAAAAUUAAGGUAUGGGUCACCUUGAAAAGUGGGAUGUGGUUGUGGUUCAGGAGGAGCUUGAUGCUCAAUGUUGAAUGUGAUGAUUUGAAGGUUAAUUUCGGGAAUUCCUCAAGGGAAGGAACUUUGGAAUAUAUUAAAGACCGUGAAGAUUGCUAUGUUAGCGCCUGA